UUUGUUGUUGGCCUUUAUCAUCAACACGAAGGCUCUAAGUCUAAGAGUUGAGGGAGAGGCCAAAAGGUUUUGUAGAUCAGCAACAUUCUAAGGUGUAUCGGAUUUGACUCAUCAUCAUCUUUGAUAACUAUCCUACUUUUCCCCCAUCCCAAAUCCAGGAGUUUUCCUAACAAGUGCAGGUUUCAGGAGACGAAGUAUCCAUGCCUGUGAACAGUACUGGACUUGUAGGUCUGUGGGAGGGGGGCGUGUGGCGGAAGGUUGCCGUGCUGGUGGGGUCGGCUACAGCGGCGGUCGCGGUGCUGGUGUUGGUGGAGCGGUACCUCAGGCGGCGCCGCGGCGGCUGGACGGACGUGGCGGACGAGGGGAUAGAGAUGGACAUGGUGGAGGAAGAGUCAGAGGAGAAGCGAAUUGUGGUGCUGGGACUAGACGGAGUUGGAAAGAGCAGCUUCCUGGCCUGUAUUGCUAACCAGGACUGUCGGCAGACCAUGAAGCCUACAGAAGAAUUCAAUGUCAUGUGCAUCCAGACCAGGCAAACUUCACUCAACAUUUGGGAAAUCGGUGGUACAGAAAACGUGCGCUCGUACUGGGCCAACUUCCUGCCCAACACGGACGUGUUGGUGUUUGUGGUGGACUCCACAGACGAGGCUCGGCUGCCGCUUGCCAGAGAGGAGCUGCACAAGGUUCUGUCUCACCCAGCACUGAAGACUGUCCCGCUCAUGGUACUGGCCAACAAGCAGGAUGUAGGUGGUGCCCUGAGUGUGGAUCAGGUCAGCUCAGCUCUGCACCUCAACUCUCUCCCUGCCAACAGAGUCGUUCACAUCCUACCGACAGAGGUGCCACCCGGUCUCCCCACCAAAACAGACAGCACAAAAAAGGCUGAGGAAAUGCUAACAACUCUGUCUAAGAGCUGAUGUAGUUAAAGAUUGGCCUCACUUAGGCAUUGAUCUUGUAGUGCUCUAAGGGCCUGGGGGAUAGGUGAUGGGGAGUGGUCAGUUAUUAAGUAGUUGCAACUACAUGUACAUCUCAAGUCUUCAGUACACUAUAGUCAUAAAGAGCUUUUUCACAUGAGGUCAUUGCUGUGUCUGCCACCAUGUUGAUGUUACCAUUUGCAUUUUGGUGAAUUUUGCUCAAGCAUUUUCAGAUAGAUCUUCUGUCCCCUUCAAUUAACCACUAUUAAAUGUCUACAGCACAAAGAAGGGCAUACCAGUAGAAUACAUUUAUACCUCAAAAUUUUCUGAAUAAAGACAAAAAAGCUGUGUAGUGUGUACAAUUGAGCUAUGGUCAAUUGAAAUGCAAAUAGGGACACCAACAUGGCUGUCAGUAUCUGCCUGCUUCAUUGUUAUGGGAUGUGAGUAAAAACUGCCAAUAUGAAUGGCCUCAAAAAUGUAAUAUAUUGUAAGUUACAUGUGGUGUGCCUAACUGUAAAGGAUGAUGUCAGAUGUCAUACAUGUUUUUUUAUAGAGAUGUUUUUCUGUUUUGACAGCUUGACAUAUUUCUUGACCCCCAAUAAAAGAUUUUGGGGUUUUGAGGAGCUUAACCUUUAUUAUAUAUAUAUAUUUUGAGGCUGUAUCAUUUCUAUAGGAGAGAAAUGGAAGUCUACAGUACAUGUAUAAAGCUGUGUUCCAAGCUAUACCAAUAGAAAUAUCCUACAACACAUGUUCUAUCGUAUAUACUUUAACUAGGAGAAAAGAAAUUUGUACCCACAUACUGUUUGCAUAUAGUUUCUUAGCUAGACAUUCUACAGAAUUUAUUUUUUAGACACUUUAUUCAGUGUGUUUUUGUGCACUAGCCAUGGUAUGAACCUGUUUGUAGGGACUUGUAUGUACUUCUUGUACAUUAAGAGAGGAGACUGCUGUUUCACUAACCAUAGACAAUCUGUUCAGAAGAGCUUCUAAAACUGUAUGAGUGAACAAUUGCAAAUCGUAAUGUGUAGUGUAUGAUGUUGUAGAGCUUUGGUAUGGAUUUAGUACAUUGUACCAGGAAUUGUUUACUUAGACAAAGGGAAAGGAUAACUUUGUGGUGUUGAUUGUACAGAAAGUAUGUUGUUUGUCAGUCUGCAAACUGUAAGUUACAUUCAUCUAUGUAUUUUAGAACUACUUUGAGAAAGCCUUAGGGUGCAGCCAAGCAUUGGGAAUAUCAGUCAAACUUUGUGACGUAAAAACAAGAUGAUUUUGCCUAGUAUGAGCAGGGACCAAAUUUAACUUAACUCCUCUGUGUUGUGAGGUAGGUUUAAGGUUCAGUGGCACCUGUGUUAUCUAUUCCAUUGUAUUACUGUUGCUGACACGUGACACCUGUCUUUAAUAAACUUGUAUCUGUUCAA